UUCCUCCUUAAUCAUGGCGGCUAGCGACGCCUUCACCGCCGGCGUCGCCUUCGCCGCCUCGCUGCUGUCCAUCCCCAUCCUCGGAGUCGGCGUGUGGCUUGCCACCCAACCAGCCGACUCCUGCGCCCCGCUCCUCCAGUGGCCCCUCGUCGCCCUCGGCGUCUCCCUCCUCCUCUCCUCGGCCGCGGCGGCCGCCGCCGCCCUCCGGCGCGCCACCUCCCUCCUCCUCUGCUGCCUGGUGGCCACGCUCGCGCUGCUCCUGGCACUCGCGGGCCUCGCGGCGUUCGUCUUCGCGGUGACGGCGGACGGCGCUCCUGCGCGGCCGGCGCCGGGACGCGCAUUUGCGGAGUACCGGGUGGAGGACUCCUCCGGGUGGCUCCGGCGGCGGGUGGAGGGGCGGCGACGGUGGGGGCGAAUCAAGGAGUGCUUGAGUGGGUCGACGUCAACGUGCGCGGACAUGAACCGGACGUACAACUCGGCGCAGGAGUUCUUCGAUUCCAGGAUCACGCCAUUGCAAUCAGGCUGCUGCAAGCCCCCGACUCAGUGCGGGUACACGUUUGUGAGCCCGACGGUGUGGAUCAACCCCACGUCCGCCUCAUCGCACAUCGAUUGCUUUCUGUGGAGCAACGACCAGGCAGUGCUCUGCUACUCCUGCGCCGCCUGCAAAGCCGGCCUCAUCGCCACCCUGAGGAAAGAGUGGAGGAGGGCGGACGUGGUGCUGGUGGUGUCGCUGUUGGCUCUGCUCGUCGCCUACGCCAUGACUUGCUGCGCCUUCAGGAGGGCCAAGACGCAGGAGCUGCUGCAGAGGUACAAGCAAGGCUACUACACCUGAUGACGAGACUAAAUCUUGUGGUAGUGUGAUGGUUAGGAGGUAAUUGUGACUCUAUUGGUGUUCUUAAUUAAUCUCUGUUUGGUUCUUGAUCUUUUUAGCUUCUUUAGGUUUAAUCUUGCCGAUGUCUAGUGUAAUUCUCUCUGAAUUUAUUUAUAGAGACAAUUGAUGGUUUACCA